UUGGCUGACCAGUGUUGGAAUGGAGGUUGUAUCUACCUGAUCAUGCUGCGGCGAGUCAAGCGAAAGGCCCCCCCUCCCCCGUGUGAUCUAAAUGGUGGUGUCAGCACCUCUGUCAGCAGCGACAGCUGUGAAGACCAGCAGCAAGGCAAAGCUGCCUCUGAACCCUCGGACAAUUCAGCAAACUUGAAACGCACACGCAAGUUUGGAGUCAUAUCACGAUCAUCGUUUAACCGGGACAACAGAGACAGCACAGACUCUGAGCUCCAGAGCUGUUACAUUGGCUACAACUCUUCUGCUCCUUCUGAUGCAGGAGUCAGUCCUCCAGGAGAUGACUCAGGUUGCAUCCUGUCCACACAUACACCCACAGAGGAAAGCCCAGAUGCCUUUCCUCAGGUGGGAACUGUUCCUCAUCGUCUGCACAGUGGAGGCUCUGGAACCCUGCCUGCAAGGUGUCACAGUCAGCUGCUAGAAUGCAAAAUCGAUUCUUUCAGCAGUGAAACUUCAAGUCAGCCCAGAGAGGGUAACCACAUCUGGAAGAUGCACAUGGUGAAGGGUCAGGAGGGCCUGGGCAUACAGAUAACAGGGGGGCGGGGCUCCAAACGCUCUCGUCAUGGCAUCAUUAUAGCUCAUGUAGAGGAGGGGGGCGCUAUUCACAGGGACGGUCGUCUUCAUGCUGGUGAUGAGUUGCUGAUGAUUAAUGGUCAGUCUCUGGUGGGUCUCACUCAUCAGGAGGCUGUUGCUAUCCUCCGCUCCACUACUGGUCUGGUUCAGCUAGUGGUGGCCAGCAGGGAGGAGUCAGAUGUUGGUUUCGAGCGCUUCCCCUCCACCAGUCUGCCGGACCUUGUCAGCACCUGCAGUUCCUCAUCCUCCCUGUCUCAGACUGCUCCCCCUUGCUCACCCCACACCUCCAACUGCAGCACCGGUCUGCACAACCCCUACCUGUUGACUAACCUGGAGAAACUAGAAGAAGAAAGUCCGGUAGAGGCACCCAAAGGACCCUGCUGCAGCCCCACACCCAUGAAGCUCUGUAGCAGAUCCCAGGGCGGAAGCACUCGCCUGGAAUCAGUGGGCGAGGAUGAUGAGCUGUUUGUAGAGAACGGUGUGAACACCUGUGAAGUGGUGGAGAAGCCUCCACCUGGCCGACGUAAACAUUCCUUACCUCAACAACUAGAUACUGCUGGAGUGAGACAGGAAUAUCAGAUCAUUAAGAAAUCAGUCCGCUCCCUGAGCACCAUUCAAGUGGAGUCACCAUGGCGACUGGCACAGCCAUCCAUUAUCUCCAGUAUAGUGCUGAUGAAAGGCCAGGGCAAGGGUCUAGGAUUCAGUAUUGUUGGUGGGCAGGACUCAGCACGUGGUCAGAUGGGAAUUUUUGUCAAAACCAUUUUCCCUCAUGGAGCUGCAGCAGCUGAUGGACGACUCAAAGAGGGAGAUGAGAUUCUCGAAGUGAACGGAGAGUCUCUGCAAGGACUCACGCACCAACAGGCCAUCCAGACCUUCAAGCAGCUGAAAAAAGGUGUGGUGACGCUGACGAUUCGAACUCGUCUGCGUAGUCCCAGCUUAACACCCUGUCCAACCCCCACCCUCCUCAGCCGAUCCAGCUCACCCAACUCCAACACCAGUGGGGGGACGCCUGUCCCCUCAGGGUUUGAAGAUUCUGAAGGACGCAGGGGGCCCGGUCCAGGUCCAAAAGACUGCAUCAUCAUGGAGGUCACACUUAAUAAAGAGCCUGGCGUUGGUCUGGGGAUUGGAGUUUGCUGUCUGACCCUGGAGAAUUCUGCUCCUGGCAUCUACAUCCAUAGUCUGGCACUGGGCUCUGUGGCCAAGAUGGACGGCAGGCUCAGUCGAGGAGAUCAGAUACUGGAGGUGGACUCAGUCAGUCUUCGUCACGCCGCUCUCAGUGAGGCCUAUGCUAUCCUCAGUGAAUGUGGCCCUGGACCAGUCAGUCUCAUUAUAAGCAGGCACCCUAACCCCAAGGUAUCAGAACAAGAGAUGGAUCAGAUCAUAGCUCGGUCCACACAUAGGGACAAAAUGAGCAAAAACAGAGGUUCUUCCCAAGGUCUAUCCUGUAAGAGCCCAAACCCAACAAGCAAGGACAGGCAGGGAGAUGGCUCGCCUGCUCUCAGUUGGACCAUGAAGAGAUUCCUUGAGCCUGCCAGUCGACAGGGUUCCCUGAGCUCAGAGACAGAGUUGUCUCAAUACUUCUCCCAGGAUGUUUCCAGCCACUCUUUCCUGUCUGAAUCCAUGCUGACAGGCUCGAACAGUGAUGAGGCUCUCCACCAGCAGAGCUGCAGUACCUCCAUGGAUGACAGCACAUUACAACCACAUGCAUUCAGUCCUUCUAUAACAGAAGUGGAGAAUGGCCCUGUGUACAAAGCAUCACAAGACAAGACCCCAGUCCCUCCCAAUCACCACGCAGAGGCAGUUUGCCAGCCCAUUGCUGUCUCCAGUCCCACCACAGUACGGAGCCCACUUCUCCGUCAGCGUCGGAUGAUGUGCUACGAGGAAGAGCUCAGUGAUGAUGAGUACUCUGACAAUGCUGGAAACACUGGACUCUUCCACAGGCCAACAACAUCUGACUCUGUUAACUCCAAAACUGACUCAACAGUUGUAAUUGCUACAUCAUCAUUAGAUGUAGAUGGAGACAGUGAUGAUGGUGGAGAUUUGCAGAAGUGUGGAAGCAAUGAUGUGACAACACCGCUUUAUAGUAGCUUGCCACAGUGUGAGGAAGGUACUACAAAUAAGUCUGAGUCACCUGGUUCUGAGUCACCCUUCAUGCCUAUCCGUUCCCCCUUUGACCACAAAGCAGGAGUUGGUUCUGGGUCCAGUAAUUUAAACAUUAAUAGUGUGAACUAUACAAGUCAAGACGAUGGACAAUUGGAGUCAAAGCGCUCCCCCAAGCUUGAGCAUAAAGCAGUGACACGGGUCAAAAGUAUGAUGAGCAUUGAAGCACCAAACCUGCCCCAGCAGCAAAAGUCUAAAGUUGAUGAGCCUUCUUCGGGUUUGGUCCCAUCACAACCCCCCUCCAGUGGCACACAGUCUGGAAGACACUGCAGGACUGCUAGUGGGUUGAUACCCCAUCAUCACUGUAAGAAGGGAGAUACCAGUGAGCUUGCUGGUGUUUAUACCAUAGAUGCUAUAACCCUGUGCAGAAACGAGGACGAGUCUUUUGGCCUUGAUCUGGAGAUUAUGUCAUCUCCACUCAAAGUCAUCAUUGCUGGAUUAAAGCCUGGAGGUGCAGCAGAAAGGGAGUCUACAGGCAAGCUGUGUCCUGGAGAUGAGAUUGUAAAAUUUGGAGACAAAAUGGUGUGCUCCUCUAGCUACCAGGAAAUCUGGGAGCUCAUGCUUAACCUUCCUAUGACACUGUCACUGGAAGUUAAGAGACCAGUUUCAGCUGUAGAUCGACUGUCCAGUUUGACCGUUUCCACCAGACUGAAUCCAGCCAGAUCUGUUCAGGAGACGCCUGAUGAAGGACAAGUAAUAAAUGAAAAUUCAGGAAAUUCCAACGAUACAACCAAAACAGACAAUAUACCUAUCACCAAUAUAGAUGACAUUUUAUCAGGAGGGAGCCUCUGCAGUGAUAAAAAUACACACACGUCCCCCGACAAAACAUCCUCUAAUGAGCCUGUAUCCUGCUGUUCAAGCCAAUAUACUAUAACCCUGUCUGAGAAAGCUAACGUUCAGGUUCCAAUACAGUCAAGUCCCCCGGACUGUUCUGUAUCGGGUGCAGGAAACGAAAAAGGUGCCAUCCUCCCUGUGGAGACAACACAUGUAAACCAACUAAAAGAAAACAGCUCUGCUGUUUUCAGUGGAUCAAGUCCAGAAAGAUUUGCUGCUGUUUCUAAAUGCAUGUACCCACUAGGAGAUGACAGUGAUUCAAACAGUGACUCCACCACUGACAGCAGUGUAAUGGUCAAUAAGAUGGCUGGUAGUCUUCAUGAGCCCUCCUCAGAUGAGGAGGAAGUGGAGUUUUGUUCCUGUGAUGCCCAGCAACCAGAUGGAGAUGUUCAUUUAAGCCAACCACCAAAUGGAUCGUCACAUUUUCAGCAUUCCAGCAGUCAAAACACAAACCUGGAUCAGAACUGUGAUGUGUCGCCUGUCCUCUCUGAAGACUUACUGACAAACAAAGAAAAUGGCACAACAGACACCCAAGAGGGCUUCUCUACAGACCAACCACUCACAUCAUCCAACUAUACAUUACCUCUGUCCUCUAUAGAGUGCCACAUUAAUAGUGCCAUUGAAUCCUGUGAUAAGGUUAAAGCGUGUGUGACAUCCAGUCCUGGAACCCUAAGCAAUCACAGCAGCCCCUCCCCAACAGAAACCCACACUCAGGGUUCUACUGCAGAUUUUCCUGCAGAUGCCUCGCAGACCUCUGAUUUAUUGAAGCAUUUAGAUACACAGACACCUCAAUCACCAUCAUUGGAAUCAAAGACCUCUGAUACAAGAGCACCACUGAAUAACAAGGAAAAGGUCUUGGAGUGCAGAAAUCCACAUGCUAGCUCCUUGUUUAAGACCUCUAGGUUAAAACUCCUUGAUAAUUCAGACUAUACUGUGUGGAGUGAUAAUUUCACUCUUCAGGCUGAAACUCAAAGCAGAUCAAACAUUUCUGCACCCAAACUGAGGAGCCCAACUUCUAAGAGUAAGAACAAACAACAGGAGGAACCUCUACAAACAUCUACCAAGAGUGACAACCCAGUUUCUUCAAACACCUAUGCUUCCUUGAACCAGUCAACAAAAUGUACACCAACAGCAACUGUAUCACACUUUUUAAAAACCAAUCACCAGCUUGAUAUUAACAGAUGUCUUGCUUUGCCAAAAGUACCUGACAAAAAAGUUCCAGCUGAGCAUGAACCUUUACAUGAUACAUUACAAACUGCAGUGGCCAAGGAGAAGGACAUCCCCUUCGGGUGCAAAGCAGUAGCUAAAUCAGAGGGCCGAUCACACCCCCCUGCCACUCAGAGAACAUUUAUAGAAGUUCGACUGUCUUGCUUAUCUGGUUCAUCGUCAGCUGCAAACAAUGAAACAGUUUAUUCAAAAGACUCUAAACACACUCAAAGAGCACCUAUGUUUUCUGCCACUUCAGUAGAAAAAACAAAUGGUAUGGUCAAUAACACAGUAUUUAGUUCACUGUAUUCUACUAAAAAAACUUCCACCACAAGUAAUGGUUCGAAACCCAGUACUAUUGUGGAGACAAGUGAGACCCUAAAGUCCGGCACAUCCAGACUGUACAUAAAGACAAAUGAAAGGCGAAGCUUCUCAACAGACGUUGCCAUGUCUGCAAACUAUAAUCCCAUCUCUGUCCAGCAUAAGAUAAAGUCAUUUGAAAACUUGGCUAACUUUGACAAGCCUGUGGCUAAAAGUGGCGACAUUCAAUAUGCUCUGGCAUAUAGAGCCUCACUUAACCAAAGGAUUGCUGGUUAUAUGGGCUUAGUUAAUUCUGUUGAUUGCCAGGCACGGCAAAGGUGUUUUAGUUCUUAUGCAGAGAAUCUAAUCCCUCCGACACCUCGCUCACCUUUUCUUGGUAAAUCUCCAUCUAGCAUUGCACUGAUAAACCUUGAACUUCCAGGUUCAAGACGUAACACAGCUUCCCUGACUGAGGACAGCCCUGAGGCUGAAGUUCAAAAAGCUCCAGAUGGGAUUACACCACAGACCUCUCAGGUUUUGCGAAGGAAACAUGGCAAACUUGCCCGCAACAAGUUGCGGCAGCUCAGGGCUCUCAGUAUGCCUGAACUGGAAAAACUAUGCACAGAGGACUUUACUACAGGACAUGGUUCAGCUGUAAAUAAUAUUGAACCUGACAUCCAUCCCACUAAACUUGAGGAAGCUACAGUCGCUGAGAGCUUUCCACCUUCUGCAGCCCUGACAAAAGCGAGUGGGAACAGAUUAAGCCAGGGUGAUCUUGGAUCCACUGAAAAGCCUCCUCAUGGAAGCCCAGAGACCCAUGGACAACAGCCUGGCUGGUCCAUCAGUUUAAGAGAGCUGGUUACAUCUCCUGUGAGCCAGUGUAAACUGCAAACACUGCUUUCCUCUGCCACGGUUAAAUGGUGCGUGUCAUUCCUGCUCCAGCAGGCCAAGGUUCUCUCAGAGGUUAAUGACAGUGCUCACCUUGUUGUCCUGAAUAAAGAAGAAGGCUCAGGACUUGGUUUUAGUAUUGCUGGUGGAGUGGACCUUGAGCAUAAGGCAAUAACUGUUCAUCGGGUCUUCACCAAAGGUGCAGCAAGCCUUGAAGGCACAAUCCAUAGAGGUGACGGCAUUUUAUCCAUAAAUGGCACAAGUCUGGAGGGUAAAACCCACGGAGAGGCUGUGUCCUGCCUUCAUAAAGCCAGGCUGUCUAAUCAAGCUGUAGUAGUCAUUCGGAGAAACGAGGACAGUGAACUGAGUGUCUCUGACAGACCUGACUCGGCUAGCCAGCCAAAGGGGACGUGUUCUGUCAGGAAUAAGUCUUUGGAUGCUGGAACAGUGGACGAUGUGGCUCCUGAUGGUACUUUGACAGUGGAGCUUCAAAAAUCUUCUGCUGGCCUGGGCUUCAGUCUGGAGGGGGGAAAGUCCUCAAGCCACGGAGACAGGCCUCUUAUCAUCAAACGCAUCUUUAAAGGAGGUGCUGCAGAACUGUCUGGCCUUAUUGAAAUUGGGGAUGAGGUCCUGUCUAUAAAUGGCUGUUCUCUGGAGGGUCUCAUGCACCAUGAUGCCUGGAAAAUAAUCAAAUCCACUAACAAAGGGUCCAACCACCUCCUCAUUCGCAAGCACCAGUACCUGACUGUAAACAAGGAAGAAACUUCCUGACAAGGACCAGUGUGAAAGACCCCUCAGAGCAGGGCAUGGAGCAGCAGCAGAACUGAGUAUUUUUCCAGUUUUUACAGAUUUUCUGAUAGACUUUGUUUGAUAUUUUGUGUUUUGUCUUGUUACAUGUGACAUGAUGAUUUAUAAGUAUAAACAUACUUAUAAAUAGGUCAAAUUGAAUGGACCACUAACUGUUGUGAUGUACAAUGCUGAAUUAUGAUUUAUUUCAGAUGGGAAGUGCAGUUUGUUUACAAUAGAUACACUUUGGAACACUAAAUAAAUAAUGUUGUUUUCCAUUGUUAAGAAAAUAAAGUCAGUAUGUGAAAAGA